CUCUCAGGGACACUCUGGUGCUUGGCCGUGGCUACAAGAGCUCAUGGGGCAGACACACCUUACCACUGUUAACAACAAGGGUGGUGUAGAAUUUCUGGUAUCUGUAUUUGUGCUGUGUGUGGAUAUCAUGUCAGGCUACAGCAGUCUGGAGACAGUAGGUCAGGACAGUAGAGCACCCAGGCUCCCUCAGGCUGUGGUCUCACUGGUCAAUCAACAUGGGAGAUGUCAAGUCGAUGUUGGAAUGGCUGAACCACAUGAAGGGAAACUGAGUCAUUUCCAUCACAAUAUUUGCCUCAGUUCCAGAUGGCUGCAAGGAAUCUGUCCCUUAUAA